AUGGAUGAGAACUUGCGGUUUCCCCAUGGAUUAGACACCUUGCAGGUGGAACGUCGGGAGCAUCAAAUCAAGAUCCUCCGCGAAGAUCUGGCCGACGUGAAGGAGUUAUCUGACAAGGGGAUGACAACAGAAGAUGCCAAGCAUGAAAGUGAAACUUCAAAGUUGGUGGAGGUCGCCCUGUCAGAAGCCCUGCAGGCCGCUUCCACCCGAGAGCUUCAUUUGGAGCUCCAAUGGAAAGCUGAGCUCGAAACAGAUCUCAGGAAGUUAAGGGACACCGAAGUCGAGAGUCGAAGGCUGGAAAAGGAGCUGAAGCAGCUUGAGGAAAAACUCCAGCGCUUCCCUUCUCGCACCGCCUUGGUGCAGAUCUUUGCAGUGUUGGACCAUUGGCGAUGCAACAGGAAGGCACUUGAGAAACGUCAGCAGUUCCAGCAGAUGCAGAUGGACCUGCUGAAAUCAUGGGACAGGCGCCUGGAAAAACAGCCGCAGCAGCUGUUGACCUUGGACGCCGAGUGUCAAAAGCUGCGCUUGGAGAUGGCCCAAGGGCUCCGGAGCACGGAGGAGGAAGCUGCCCAAGAGGAGAAGGAACUUCGAGAACGCUUGGCCAGGAACCAACGGAGAGCGCAUCGUGCCGAAGGAGAGUUGUCCAAGUACAAGGCAGAAGUCGCGGCUGCCAAGGAGGGGCUUGAAAUGGCAUGCAAUGGCCCGCUGCCACCGCUGGAAAGGCACAUGCCCAGGUCCGCUCUCAGCGAAUUCUCCGUUGCGGGCGCGCUGAAGGCCCUUGAUCAGGAGGGCAAUGACCGCUUCGGGCUCGGGCCCCCAAGGGUGGGUGUUGUUGCGGCCUCGUUGUACAUAGCGAGUCGUCUCGCGUCGAAAGGUGAUGCGGAGACCGGCUUUUUGAAAAGGAAUCUGAUGUACGCAUCACGCUGCUUUUUAAAAAAAUGUCGCUUGAAGCCACCUGAGACAUGGCCCAAUGGCAUCAUGACUGCAGUUUAUGGACGGGUGGUGUCCAUGCUGAUGGUGGGCACGGAGGUUUUUGUCCGUGCCACCACGGACGAGCGAAUUUCCUGCAGCCAACUGGUGGAUGUCUCUCCGCCGUUACCGCGCGGCGUGAACCGCCGAGCUGCUGGGGACUUGCGACAAUAUCUUUGGCCAGCACCCCGGCACAUCGAACUCCAUGCUGAUGGGCAGCCCAUAGCAGGAACGAAUCUGCAGAUCAACCCUCUUCGUGUUGACCCCUGUCAACUCACCUUCAACUUCUCUCCAUCAGGAGCCAAUGUCGGAUCGCCGGAUGUGCUGUGGACCUUGUGGCACUGGUGUUGGAGGCUUUGUUCCUUUGACACUUCUGAGGAGACGGCUGAUGAGGCCACCUGCGAUGCGAGCAAGGGCAGCUGCGAGGCGAGCGACGUCGAGACGCGACGGCUGGAGGUGAUAACUUUGGAGCUCGGAGGAGCCAGCGAUGAAAAGCCACACCUGGACAUGGAUGAGAGCUAUCAGCUAACUCUGGAUGGCAAAUCUUCCCUGCGAGCUUCGUCCAUCCAUGGCUUGCGUCGGGGAAUGGAGACCUUGCUACAAGUCUUGGACGCGCUGAGAGAUCAGAGUGAUGCUCAAAGGUGGCAUUGGACACCUGGAAUUUCAGCAGAUGGAAAGGUGGUCUCUUUGCAGAUCGACGAUCAUCCGCGCUUCAAAUGGCGUGGUUUGAUGCUGGAUACGGCACGACAUUUCAUUCCCAUGCAGGUCAUGAAGUCCUUGCUGCUGGGCAUGGCUUCCACCAAGCUCAAUGUCUUGCAUUGGCACCUCACCGAUGCCAUGAGUUUUCCCUUGGAUCUGGAGUCAUUGCCAAAGCUGGCGGAGUUGGGGUCCUUUGGACCCAACAAGAGCUAUUCCAAGGGGAUGGUACAAGAGCUGAUCGCCUUCGCCGCCAACUUCUCCAUCCGCGUGGUGCCAGAGAUCGACAUGCCCGCGCAUACGGCCUCCUGGAUCUUCGCGGAGCCCAAUGCCGUGUCCAACUGCACCCACGUGCUGCCUGACGAUCCCAACGAGGCCAAGAAUGUCUUCAAAGCUCGAGACAAAUUGGCCCUGGACAUCUCUUCCAAACGUUCGGUUCAGGUGGCCAAGACGAUCCUCCAAGAGGUUGCGGGCCUCUUUCCCGAUGAGUUCCUACACAUCGGAGGGGACGAGGUGGACUAUCGCUGCUGGACUACCAUGCCGCAUAUCCGGAAGUGGAUGCAAAAGCAAGGUUUGGGUCCAGUGCAGGCCUUGCAGCGUUUUUUCGAUGAGAUUUUUGCUGAGGCCUCGCUGAAAGUCGGAGAUGAGAGCGGGGCGGAGGACCGGAGGGGCGGGAUCAAAAGACUUGUGAGCGUGUGUGACAGCGACAGAGCGGUGCAGCAAGGGUUGCUGAACGACAGCUUCUUUGAGAACACUUGCGUAUUCAGUGAUGUGCUGAAUCAAGUUGAUGCCAAGAGCAGGAAGGAGUUGGAGGAGUCUCAAGGUGUGGAUGCGAUCCGGAAAGUUUUGUCUAGCGCGAAAUUCCAGGAUAUGAGUGCCUUGAGUUGCAAAGAUGACAGCAACAUGGGCGCGCAGAAGCGAGAUUUGGGUCCGGGUCGAAGAGCCGGUCUGGUGCAUUUCAGGUUGGAGGCAGAGCGCAAAGAACGCGUGACCAAGAACCGACCACUGUCAGACACAUUCGAGGGAAUGCUGAGCAUGGGUGACUUGAAUCGACUGCAACAAGCUUGGGACAAGAUGGACAAGGACGAGGAUCUCCGAGCUAUCCCGGAACUGCAUUGCGCUGUGCCGGAGCAGAAUCUGGAACGGAUGAAGGGAACGAGCAAGACCAGGACUGAAUUUCUUUGA